GAAGACGUAUGAAGAAAAAGUCGAGUUUCAAGAAACGAAAGGACUCGUUUUUGCCUCCGCAGUGCCGAGUCUCAUUUUUUGCAGUUAUGAUAAGGCCGCUUUAAUCUUUUCUCGUGUGUCAAUUCCGUACUAUCUUUCCGUGCUCGUGUGGUAGGGAGGGGGACGCCCCGAACGUUGCACGUCGUGGGAUCAUCUAUACAUAUAACACAUUACACAUAUGAUAUUUAUAUAUAUAUAUAUAUAUAUGGUUUUCUCUGCACGUCUCGGCACGCCGCCGUUGACUUGCACUCGUACAAUCGUAUCACACAACAACGCCCAUCGCAGAAAUAGAUGGAAUACGAAAUUACAAAAAACUAGCACCACGGGAACACUACGGUCAUUUUCACCGUUGAUAUUAAUACUUUUUCCACGCCAUGCUCUCUCGGGCCGACCGUGAUAAAGCAGUUUCGAUUGAUAAAACAUAACGUCACGAUUUCUCGAGCUCCGAAAAUCGAUCGCGCUCGCUUCGAACAGAACGCCGAUCCCUGAUGAAACGGUGUGUGAUUCUCCGAUGUUUUUUAGCCCGAAACGUCGGUUCCGCGUUGUUUUCGCCAUAGUUUGGCCCGAUAUCGGUAGUUGAAGUAAACCGAUUGUAGAAAUACUCAUUGAUAUUGUGUCGUUCCGCACCCACAAAUACUACCCUGUCUAGUGUGUCGGUCCGCCAUCGAUGCUCUUGACGUCGUGAUUGCUUUUCGUUUCAGAAUAACGGAGAUUCGAUGAAAUGGCUUUCAGUGUAUAUUGUUGAUAGUUGAUAUAACGUGGCUGUGAAUUAAAAUAUCGUCAAAAUGUGGAACAUGAUGUGCGAUGUCAUGCCGACCAUCACUGAAGACAACAUUGGUGGUCAGCGGCAUCAGUUUUCCGGCGAAGACGUUCGCAUCAACGAGUUUAUGGACACUGUUGUCGAGGAACGCAACAAGCUUUUGGAUACAUUGAGCAAGAGUCAAAUCAGGCUUGAUGAGACUGAAAAACAACUGGCCGAAGUAGAAAGUGAAAGAAAUGCUCUUCAAAGACAAAUUGAUGCCACAUUUCCAAAGGAAAUUGCUGCAUUAAGAAAAGAAUUAAGUCAAACACGUGAUCAACUAGCCGCAAGAGAUGAAGAAAUUGCCGAAUUAAAAGCUGAGAGAAGCAAUACAAGAUUGCUUUUAGAACAUUUGGAAAGUUUAGUGUCUAGACACGAAAGGUCAAUUCGAUCAACUGUCAUUAAAAGGCAGACAAAUCAAAAUCCACAAGCCUAUUCGGGUGUUUCCAGUGAGGUAGAAGUUCUAAAAGCACUUAAAAGUCUUUUUGAACAUCAUAAAGCUCUUGAUGAAAAAGUAAGGGAUAGAUUAAGGUAUGCUUUAGAAGCUAAUGCUAAACUUGAAGAGAAACUAGAAAGCACUAUGCAAGAGCUUGAUGUGUUCAAAUCUGGAGGUAAAGCAGAAGAUGAUUCUACUGUCCAAGAAAACGGAGGUUCUGAUAAUGUUGAUGGAUCUUGCUCUCAACCACUUACUAUAAAAAAUAGAACACUGAAUGGUCACAUUGAUGAAACUACUAAGUAUGCACAAGAUGAAAAACUAGUCAACACACAUGUGGACAAUUGUGUUAAUAAUAGUAUUGAUCAAGAGAAUUCUGAGUAUGGUACAUGGAAAAUGAAUGAAUUAUCAAGUCGAGUUUCUGAAUUAGAGGAUUCGCUUUCAAAAACACAACGAGAACUUCACAAGUCCCAAGAAAAUAGUAACAAUUUACAUCAUGAACUAAGAGAAAAUAUUUCAAUUAAAGAAGAACAAGAAGAACGGAUGAGUUCCUUGGAAAAAAAAUACAUGAAUUUACAACGCGAAUCUACCUCUUUGCAUGAUUUAAAUGAUAAAUUAGAGCAAGAACUUAGGCAUAAGGAAGCUCAGUUGAAAUUACAAGAAGAAAAGACACGUGCAACACAUGAGAAGUUAGAAUUAUGUGAACAAAAAUUGGCACAAUUUGCAACACUGCCUGAGAUAGAACAAGAAUUAAAACAGCGAAUGGAAGCCCUUACCCAGGUAAGGGCUCAGGCUCAAGAAAGGCACGGUACAGCUGAAGAUCGUAUUCAAAGGUUAGAAUCACAGGUAGAAGAGAAAAACGCUGAAGUAAUGAGAGUCAAUCAAAGGCUAAAAAUGAAUGAAGAACAUAAUACAAGACUGUCAGCUACUGUUGACAAAUUAUUAUCAGAAUCUAAUGAACGUCUUCAAGUACAUUUGAAGGAGCGCAUGCAUGCUUUAGAAGAGAAAAACAUGCUGACGCAAGAGCUAGAAAAGUGUCGUAAACUAGUCGAAGAAAUUCAAACAGAAAAGACUGAAUUAUUAAAAGAACUUGGAAAGGCACGCAUGGAAAUUGAUAAUAUUAAAAGGCAAAUGCUCCAACAAGAGAUCGCUUUUAAUAUUCAACAGACUGAUGCAUUAACAAGGAGUUUGUCUCCUGGUGGUCCUGAUCAAGGGGGUUUUGUUCAAAGCUCUAGUCAACAUUCAAACUUUGAUACUCAUUCAUUAUCACGUCGAUCAAUGAAAUCUAGAAUGUCUCCAAUGGAAUCAAACCAUGCAAAGGAAUGGGAAAAAUUACAACAAGCCCACGUCUUAGCUAAUGUACAGCAAGCAUUUGAUGCUUCUAGCGAUGUUGAUAUGGAUGGUGGGGAUGAUGAUCUUGAUGAUGAGGCAGGCAUGUAUUGUGAUACAGGUGAACCACUGUCUCCUUCGGCAGCAGAUGCUCAGACAUUAGCUCUGAUGUUACAAGAACAAUUAGAUGCAAUCAAUACAGAGAUAAGACUAAUUCAAGCUGAAAAGCAAAAUACAGAAGCUCGAGCUGAAGAGCUUGAAUCUAGAGUUGGUAGCAUGGAACAUGUUAAUCUAUUAUCCAGAAAUCGUAAUUAUGAUCGGCAGUCACCUCCAGCUAGUGGCCGGUCGACUCCUCAGAGAGAGUACUUACAUAAAUAUCAUUCUCUUCAACUUAAUGAAGAAGAUGACUUGGGUAUUUCAUCAGCCCAAGAUAAUAAUGGAGCAGCAAGUCCAUUAACAGCGCGUUCAAUGAGAUUAGAGCGAGUUGCCCAAGCCUUAGCUCACAGUCAAGAAGAACUGCGCAGGCGUGCUGGCAUCAAUACUGUUCCAUCAACAUUAAACAUGAUAAACUAUAACUCUUCAUCAUUAAGGGGUGCCAGUGGGUUUUCUACGCCUCCAUCACCGUUGUCCUCUCGUCACAGCAGUCAAGAUUCUUUGCAUCAUGGUCCGACAUUGAUGGGUCAAACUGGAACGAGUCUGUCAAGUAUAUCAAGUGCUUUCAGUGUCUCUCAAAUGCAAUCAUACCAUCACACAUUGCCGUCAUCGGCGUCUGCAGCGGCACAAAAGAAAAAAGGAAUAAAAUCAUCCCUUGGGCGAUUCUUUAGUAAAAAAGAAAAGCAGGGAAAGGGCAAAGAGGGAAUGAGUGGUAUGUUGAGUCACAUGUCAUCUUCUGAUAUGUCACUGGCUAGUUCCUAUGCUGGAGAUGAUACUUCCAGUUUAUGUAGUGCAAGCUUAGGUCAGAAAGGUGAUUUUGACAGAAGAAAAAAGAAAAAGCAUGAAUUACUUGAAGAAGCAAUGAAGGCUGGAACUCCAUUUGCCUUAUGGAAUGGGCCAACUAUUGUGGCUUGGUUAGAAUUAUGGGUUGGAAUGCCAGCCUGGUACGUGGCAGCUUGCAGAGCUAAUGUUAAGUCUGGAGCCAUAAUGAGUGCUUUAUCUGAUACUGAAAUACAAAGAGAGAUUGGAAUAAGUAAUCCAUUGCAUCGUCUGAAGCUUAGAUUAGCCAUUCAGGAGAUGGUAUCUUUGACAAGUCCAUCAGCUCCGGCAAAAUCUCUUCGUUCAACUUUAGCUUUUGGUGAUAUGAAUCAUGAAUGGGUUGGAAACUAUUGGUUACCAUCAUUAGGACUGCCACAAUAUCGAUCUACAUUCAUGGAAUGUCUUGUAGACGCUAGAAUGCUUGAUCAUCUGACAAAACGUGAUUUUAGAUCACAGUUAAAGAUGCUGGAUGGUUUCCAUCGAACAAGCUUACAAUUUGGUAUAACAUGCUUAAAACGGGUGAACUUUGAUCGAAGUCAACUAGAAGAAAGACGCCGUAUUGCUGAACACGAAACUGUAGACAUUUUAGUAUGGUCUAAUGAAAGAGUAAUUAAAUGGAUUACCAGUAUUGGUUUGAAGGAAUAUGUUAACAAUUUAAUUGAAUCUGGUGUACAUGGUGCUAUCAUCGCGCUUGACAAAAAUUUUGAUUCUAACACUCUUGCUAUGGCACUUCAAAUACCUCCACAAAACGCACAAGCUCGCCAAGUGUUAGAUACAGAGUUCAAUAAACUAUUGACCAUAUCAACAGAACGAAGAUUAGACACUAGUUGUAGUGAUCUUGGAGCCUCCUGAUAUUACCCAUCCGCUUCUCAAGAUUAAAAUGAGAGGCGCCGGUGGUAUUGACUGUUUUAACUGUGCCGCAUCAGCACUCCUUCAAGUUGUCUUAGCGGCAUGGAUAGUUAUUGCAUUUUUAAAAAGCAACGUUUUGUUUUUUUAUUUUAUUUUAUCCUUUUCAUAUUCUAAGUGGCAUUUUUAAGUUCAAAAAUAAUUUUUGAAACAAUUGUUUUUUUUUCUGAUUGUUGUUAAUUAAAAAAAAUUGUUAAUAACUUCAUGGGAAUAAUUACCAUUUAACUUAUUCAUUAAUUCAUUGACUUAAAUUCGUUCAAACAAUUUUUUUUUUUUAAUACGUUUUUGAUAACGUUUGUUGUAUGUAUAAAUUUAUUUAAAAAUUUAAAAAAAAAAUGUAUCAAAGUUAGUUUUCUGUAAUAGUUCCCCUAGAUGAGAAGGAUACAAUAAUGACCGAAUGUGCACAAUUUCCGUGGGAUUAAGUACCAAAGUAUUGUUUUAAUGUAUCAUGUGUAUACUAUUAGCAUUAAGAAAUAUUUACAUAACCAUGAUGUACUAAUUAGUGGAACAAAUAUGUAUAAAAAUUGUUCUGACAAAACCUCAUACAUAUAACCGCGAUGCACAACGUAAAUGUAUUUAUCUCUUCUUUCGCUGUUUUUGUUCAGUUUGUUUUAAAACUGAAAUACCUAAGGUAAACUGUAUAAGUUUACAAUUUAAAUGUUUUUCUUUUUAAACAUAUUAUUUUCCUUCUUUUUUUUUUUGUUAGUGGCCA